AAUCAAGCAACAGGAGAAAAGAAACUUCCUUGAAAAUAGGAUUUUCUUCCAAAAAUCUUCUUUCUUUAUCAUUUUCCUGUAUGAAGUGUUUAUAAAACCCUGCCACCAAAAACCUAAAUCAAAAUGAAUUUAGAAGUUUGUCGCAUUUGUGGCACAACAAGCGACUUGAAAAACAUUUUCACUCAAGGAAACGAUGAACUUGUAGAACAGAUUCGACUAUGUGCAAAUAUCCAAAUCGAUGCCAAUGAUUGUUUGCCAAAAUUUGUUUGCCACGAAUGCGAGAAUGGUUUGGCCUUUUCUUAUCGUCUGCGAAAACGCGGCGAAGAAACCGAAAAGAAACUUAGACAAGAUCUUCUUCUUACCACAAUUGAGCCUUAUUCAGUGGUUGAUGAGAGUGUCAUUAAUUCUGAAGAUGAUGACAACAGCGAGAUGGUGGAAGAGUUUUGUGAUGAGGAAAUCUGGAUAAAUGAUGAUGAAGAUUUCGACAAACCAGAAAGUUUGAUUGACAGAGUCUCAGAAUCUGGUGACGAGGAGGAAGUCAUAGUUCAUGAUAUAGUAGAAGAACUGACAUGGGUCGAAGAAAAGAACGAAUAUCAUGAACCUGAAGAGGUUACUGAUGAUGGCAUUGUCAUUGAACCAGUCGAACAGAAUAUCGCGGAGGUAUUUGAAGAAGUGUUGGAGACUCAAGAUGAAUCGAAUAUAGAGCCAGCUGAGGUGGAACCUGAUACUCAAACUCUAAAGAACAAACCAAGAAUAAUUACCUGCCUUCUUUUUGAAGAGAAAUCCUCUGCGAAAUCCCAAAAACAAACAAAACCACACAAGGACAAAAAACGUUUCCAUUGUGAGGUUUGUGACAAAUGGUUUGUCCAUCGAUUUCGAUUCGACGAACACAUGAAAAACCAUCAGUCCGAUGGAGAGAAAGCCUUCCCGUGCUCCCAGUGUGACAAAAGCUACACAAAUCAGGGCAAUAUGGAGCGUCAUGUGCGUUCGGCACACAAAUUGGAAAGAAAAUUCCAAUGUUAUGAAUGUGGAGCUAGUUUUGGGAGAGCAGAUAUUCUAAAAAUGCACAUGUUCAUGCACACUGACCAAAGAACAAUCGAGUGUAAAAUCUGCCAAAAGAAAUUCAAAACCAAUCAGAGUCUACAUUACCACAUGAGAGUUCAUAAAAACAAACCGGUACGAGUCAAAAAACCGAAAAAAGAUAAACCCAAAUCCAAAUCAAAAUCACAAAUAUACCUCUGCGAUCAAUGUGACAAGAUCUCACGUCAUCGUACAACCCAUCUGAACCAUAUGCGGACGCAUACCGGUGAUAAGCCAUUCAAGUGCAGUAUUUGUGACAAAGCAUUCCGGACGACAAGUGCCAGAACUAAUCACGAGUUACUGCACACAGACAAGCGACCACAUACCUGCAAGAGCUGUGGAUUAUCAUUCCGACAGACAUCGCAUCUAAGCUCACACAUGCUUACUCAUACCGGAGACAAGCGGCAUGUGUGUAAUGUUUGUCAGAAAGCGUUUGCUAUGCGAAGUAAUUUGGUUGUCCAUUUGCGAAUACACUCGGGAGAGAUGCCUUAUGUUUGUAUUAAUUGUCCAAAGAAAUUUUUGCUGUCUAGUCAAUUUAAGAGACAUAAAUUGAUUCAUGAGGAAGGUGAUGAGCAGACUGAAUCGGACAAGAAUGGAAUUGAAAUUGGAGAGGAAUUCCAUGAUUCGCAGAUUAGUUUAUACAUCGAUGAUAUUAUUGAACGGAAUACAGAAGGAUUUGAGGAGGAUAUUAUUGUUUCUGAAUAAAAGAUGGAAAGAUGC